GCGAGGCCCUCUUUCUGGUCAAGAUGGCCCCGCCCGUGCGGCUCUGAGGGCAUCGCCGAGUUGGGCUGGGCGCCGCGCUCAGGAUUGGAACUCCGGGCUGGUCUCCGGUGUCCCGGGCGAGCGGUUGUGUGACAUCAGUGCGGAGGCCGUCGCCGAGGACGUCCAUCCACACCUCCCGGCAGCAUGGGCAACACAGUGCGUCUAAGAGAAUCUCAGUCCUCACCCCCACCCUGAGUCAGCGCAUCCCCUGCGUGUGCCUGCUCUGACGCUUCCCUGCUGAUCCCGGCUGCACCCUGCGUUGAGCACCUGCUGCGUGCCAGGCCCGGAGCAGCCAGGAGCCGCCAGACAGUUUUCUACAGCACCUGCUUCAUUUUACGUUCCCAUCGGCCGUGCACCAGGGUUCCAGUUUCUCCAGACUGGAGAACCCGUGAGAGAAGCUGCUACCAUGGUUUGCUCGGCUCUCAGGAGGCUCGUCCAGGUGCACGUCUCCCUGGCGAGGAAGGCCAGUGGUGUCUGUCGGGGCCACGAGCAUCGGCCUGCCGCCCCAGGGGCCCCGGGUGGCGUGGUGGAGCUGCUGGGGAAGUCUUACCCGCAGGACGGCUACAGCAACCUGUCCCGGAAGGUGCUGUCCAAGGUGGGCCGGAACCUGCACAACCAGCAGCAUCACCCCCUCUGGCUGGUCAAGGAGAGGGUGAAGGCGCACUUCUACCAGCGCUUCGGGGGCCGCUCGGGGACGCCGCUGUUCUCCGUCUACGACGACCUGUCCCCGGUGGUCACCACCUGGCAGAACUUCGACAGCCUGCUCAUCCCGGCCGACCACCCGAGCCGGAAGAAGGGGGACAACUACUACCUGAACGAGACGCACAUGCUGCGGGCGCACACGUCGGCGCACCAGUGGGACCUGCUGCGCGCGGGGCUGGACGCCUUCCUGGUGGUGGGCGACGUCUACAGGCGCGACCAGAUCGACGCCCAGCACUACCCUGUGUUCCACCAGCUGGAGGCCGUGCGGCUCUUCUCCCGGCACCAGUUAUUUGCUGGCGUGAAGGAUGGAGAAAGCCUGCAGCUCUUUGAACAAAGUUCUCGCUCUGCCCAUAAACAAGAGACGCACACCAUGGAGGCCACGAAGCUUGUUGAGUUUGAUCUUAAGCAGACACUUACCGGGCUCAUGACCUGUCUUUUUGGAGAUGGACUGGACAUUAGAUGGGUGGACUGCUGCUUUCCUUUCACUCAUCCUUCCUUCGAGAUGGAGAUCAACUUCCGCGGAGAAUGGCUAGAAGUUCUUGGCUGUGGGGUGAUGGAGCAACAACUGGUAAAUUCAGCUGGUGCUCAGGACCGGGUGGGCUGGGCCUGCGGCCUCGGGCUGGAGCGCCUGGCCAUGAUCCUCUACGACAUCCCCGACAUCCGCCUGUUCUGGAGCGAGGACGAGCGCUUCCUGGGGCAGUUCCGCGUGGGGGACAUCGAGCAGAGCGUGCGCUUCCAGCCUCUCAGCAAGUACCCUGCUGUGAUGAACGACAUCUCCUUCUGGCUACCUCCUGAGAAUUACACCGAGAACGAUUUCUACGACUUGGUCCGAACCAUUGGAGGAGAUUUGGUGGAAAAGGUCGAUCUCAUAGACAAGUUUGAACAUCCAAAGACACACAGGACCAGCCACUGCUACCGCAUCACCUACCGCCACAUGGAGCGCACCCUGUCCCAGAGAGAGGUCGGGCGCAUCCACCAGGCCGUGCAGGAGGCGGCCGUGCGGCUGCUGGGCGUGGAGGGCAGGUUUUGACGUCCCUGCCUCCUCCAGCCCCGGUCCUCCCGGGGCUCCGGAAUUGCCGAAUGAAAGAGGAAAACAUAUUGUUUGUGGGUGGAGGCAUCAGUCAUCUUGUGAUAAAUGGGUCAGUUUUAGGACUUUCAGAAAAUAAAGAAUUGCUCUUGAGAAACUGU